UGACAACAAUCGCAGGAAGAAUACGAAGAUAAUAGUCAGUGUGAGGAGGUUUGAAGCGUAGUGAAUGUGUGCAAAUGCACCAGGGAGGAGUCAACCUCGCAGUAUGCUCUCUUCAGAGGGGCGGACAUCCGGGAUGAUUGCUGCUGGCAGAAGGUGAUUCCAAGCGCGAUGGUGUCGGCAGGAAAAGUCAUGGCCAUCUCGGCGCAGCACUACUUGCUGUGUGCAAUCAUGCUAUUCUCCCUGAUCACUUCUACAUGCGUGCUUGGAUCCGGGUCUGGACUCCCACCGAACGGAAACCAUGGGUCGGGACACGCGCCACUACCGACUACCUCGCCGCCUGAGCCUACCACAACAGUCAUGAUUUAUACACUGGCACCGACAACACUAACGCCAGCGCCGCCAAAUCAGCCCAUCGCGACCACUCCCCCCACCACACCCGUACCAACAACUCAACCAGCGACCAGUUCUCGACCAGUAACUCAAUCCCCCACCACCAAAGCAGCAGCAACAAAAACACGUACUCUUCCCACCAGCACCAGCACCGAGAGCACAACAGCUGCGGUUUCACGGACUGGUACGGAGACAGCUGAUCCCAGCAGUCAACGCCCCAGCCCUGCGCCAGUGAGUGCCAGCACCAGUCCUCAAAGCAGUACUCAUUCACCCAGGGCAACCAGCUUGCGGCUUGCAACAACGUUUGGCAUUGUGUUCUUCCCCAGUGCUACGCCACCUGCGGAGGACGAGGCCGAGGCGUUCUCUAAGGGUGCAAUCGCGGCUGUCGUACUGGGGAGCUUCAUUGUGGUGUGCGCCUUGUCCUUCACAGCCCUGUAUCUGGCCAAGUAUCGCGCAUCCAUCAUCAACACAUCCGGUGGUGCCAUGCCGUACCGCAAGAAGGGCAGAUCGGCGAGCACCGUGCCAAUGAACGCCCACGAUUACGGUCAACAGCGACGUGAAUCCUCCGAACCGCCGCCGAGCGCCUCCACCUCUGGCACGUCUCUGCUGGGCAACACUCUUGCCAGGUACUUCCAGACGUCUCCCAACACGGACGAAGACGCCGCUGCCCUGCCCAGACGCUCGCAGCAGCAGGAAUAUCCACGACUGGGCCUGCCACAGCACCAGCAGUCCUACUCAACCUGGCGUGGCGGCGGCAGCUUGGGCGGCAGUGAUGAGCAACACUUUGCCAAUGCGGCCCCGGUGGCUCCCGGCAGCGUCGCAGAUCUGGCUUCCAUUGGUGGCGGCACUCUCGGCCUGUACAACCCGCGUGCCAGCUUGUACCGGGACGUAUCCGGCCUGCCACCGGACUGGGUUUCGCCGACUGCCGAUGAGCGUUCCUGUGCCAACAGCACGGCUCUAAUGCUGGAUGAUGGCCUUGGAGAGGACGUCUAUUCCAUUUACUCGGCGAACUCCAUCGGACGCAGUGCGGGCGCUGCGUUUGCCUAUAGCAACGGUGGAUUGAUCGGCCGCAGUGCUGGUGGUGCGGUCGGAGGCACUGCGGCCCCAGUGCUUAGUCGAAGCUUUGCCGGUGGUGGACCAGCGGGUGGCCGUGGCGCCAUGGCACCUCUGUUGAGAAGCGCUGCUGCCAACCAACAGGAAACGCUCUACGAACAGCACGCGGACGACGGUGCUACAGGUGCGGUGCACGGCCCAGGCACGGGUGCCGCUGCUGUUCCCACAUGGCUGAACGGAUUGUGCCAUGCCCCGCCACCGCAACCUGCAGGCAAUGAGCAAACGUCGCCACCAAAGCCGCUUCAGCGCGUGUCCAGUCUAAUAGCGCGCCCGGCGGCGCCGCGCAACAGGAAUAUGGUGCGCGGCCAGUCGGUGAUGGUGCGUACGCCGCGCAAGAGAGAAGCACAGCUUCACAUGGCCUUCUUUGCCAACAAUCCCACGGCGCCCCCGCCGGGCUUUUCCAGUGAUCCCGCAGCACCACCACCACCACCGCCACCACCGGCAGGCUUUUCCAGCAAUCCCGCAACAACGCCCCUUCCCGUCCUUUCCAACUAUCCCACAGAAGCACUACCGGCUGGCUUUUCCAACAAGCUGCCAACGUCCCCGCCAGUCUUCACCAAUUACCCCGCAGCAGCAGCAGCACAAGCAACGUCAGGCUUUUCCACCAAUCCGGCGCCUCCACCACCGGCCGGCUUUUCCACCAAUCCGGCGCUGCCGCCGGUCUUUUCCGGUUAUCCCGCGGCAGCAGCAGCAGCAGCACCACCACCACCGGCAGGCUUUUCCAGUGAUCCAGCAGUAGCACCACUGCCGGGCUCCAGGCCUAGCUCCCGGCCUGGCUCCAGGUCCGGCUCCAGGCCAGGCUCCCUGAAGCGACGGAAAGCAGCGCCUCGCCGAACCACCUCCUUCUCCGGCGAGUUCGGAGCCCCGCGGCCACCUACUGGCGCGUACGUCUGGCACAAUUCCACCAUCACACAGGUCCACUGGAGAGAGCAGCAGCAGCAACAGCCCGAAUCUGUAUACGAUAUCUACCAGGACUCGUCGCAGAUCAUGCGUUCGAACGUCCCGACGGACGACGCCUACGGGUAUAUGACCCCCGUCGAGACGGACACAUCCGACGAGCCACCGCCACCUUGCCACCUUGCUGCGACGAGGACGGACAGUCUUCCCCGGCGGCACAGCACGGCCGGUGCAUUCUUUGCCAGCUCCGCUGCCGUCCUGAAGGAACCCGACUGCACCUACGACACACUGGACAUGCUCGCCGAGAGCCAAGAGAUGCGUUUUUCCGAGAUGCGCCACUCCAUGCCGAUGAUCGACCCCACGCAGCACGACGGAAGCAGUCACUCGUCGGCUCAGCUGCGCAGCUCCAACAGUCCCAUGGGCUCGGUCAAGGAGGACGAUGACCUCUACGCCCCGCUGCCGUUCUCUGCAGCCGACCUGCGCAGCACUGGCCAGCCGCAGUCGAAGUUUGCCGAGGUGCGUGCUGGCACUGGCUUCUCCCUCGGCCACAACUGGUCCAGGAAAAGCAAAAGGUCGGUGAAAAAGGACAAGAAGCGAAAAAGCUUGAUAUCCGGCGACUUUAUCGCGUCGCUGUAUCCAUCGCGUACCGGCCAAAGUAAACUUGACUCGCAAGGUGGUGGUGGUGGUGGUCGUGGUUGUGGCGACGCCGUCGGUGAUGUUGGAGUAGGCUUUGGUGCUAUCGGUCGACAAGAAGCAAAAAAACACAUGCAAAAGUCCCAGACGGUGGACGACGCGUGGGAGGAAGGAUGACCGCAUGCAAGCGCUGUAGUCCUUGUUGCGUUUCUUCACCAGGCAUGGUGGGCAAUCUGCUUGUGCCGCCGCCGAGAAGAUCCACUGCUGCUUUGUGUCGGUAUCAGCUUAUUGGAGGCAUCCAGGACAGCGGUGUUUAUUGGCCAUGCCAUCCUGAAGCCUGCACCAAGUCCGCGAUCCGGAUGGCAUACCCCUCCUACAUGAUUUCAUAGAUGUGUUUUUUUACCAGUGAGUUGCGCACGUGCCAAACAGGCUGUGGUUCAGGUGAAGGUCAACCACACGUGCGGUGACUCUGGCCAAUCGAGGCAUCUGGGUCAUUCCUGGCUGAUCCGAUGCAUAGCGCCGUUGACCUUACUGGGUCUUGCUGCACUGUCUUGUAUCGCAAACCCGGAGCAUUCUCCCAUCCACUUGGGCAUCUUAUUUUUUUACCUUUGCCCCUGCUGCUGCUAUUGCUGCCGCCAAGCGCCACGCAAUGUUCGCUGUCGGUUUACCGAGUCCGUGUCGCGACCGCACUGCCCGAUGAGUUCACUCCGUUCUGGACGUGCGUUUCCGAAUCUGGCAUCACAUUUUUAUACAGCGUACUAGCAAAAAAUACGCUUGUAGUCCUUUUCAUUCUGUGUGUUCGAUUGUAAAUUUGUUAUUCUCCCGACGUGGAAUCUCUCUAAUCUCUAUAUUAUAGUAUAGACCGAGGUGUGUGACUUAGGUGCUCUAUCCUACUCUAGCCCUGGGCCCCAUUCCAGCCCGGCCCGCAAACUGCUUUUCAUUCCCUUGUAAGCUCCUUCACCGAGGCGGUGGUGCGCAGGGACGCGGCACGUGUCGGUGAGCUCUAUUUAUCACCCCCCCCCCUGUGUCACUGACUUGACGUGCAAUCACUUGUAUCUAACCAGGGUGCGUGUAUAUAGCACGUAUGCUGGCUGCAUCAGUAAUACUAGAUUAUCGGCUGAUUUUCAUGCCUUUUUUAUGAUGUGCAUUUCUUCCUGUUCUGGAUAAUGUUUCUGUACCGGCUACCAAUUGGACGAGCUGCCUGUGUGCAUGCUUGCGCGACUGUGCUGUUUGUGUGUUUCCCUGGUGUCUGCUGGG